GCUGGACCCGGAAGUCGCCUCGGCGUCCCGGCGGGUUGCAGUUGCUUCUUGGCCCGGAAGCUACCUGAGGCACCGAGGCUUUUGGGCCGUCUGUGUCCUCCUUCCCCGGCCCUCACUGGUCUAUGGGUCUCCAUGGUGACAGCAGGGACUUGUCCCGGGGGCGGACAGCCCGGGCAGGGCCGCGGCGCUCCGGGGGUCUCCGCGGCGGUGCCAUCGUGUUCGCUGCUGUGGCCGCCGUGUUCACUCUCACGCUGCCCCCGUCGGUGCCGGGGGGAGACUCCGGGGAACUGGUCACAGCCGCAUAUGAGCUUGGAGUUGCCCAUCCUCCUGGCUACCCUUUGUUCACUCUGGUGGCUAAACUAGCAAUUGUACUAUUUCCUAUUGGUUCAGUUGCCUACCGAGUCAAUCUUCUCUGUGGCUUAUUUGGAGCAGUAGCUGCAUCGUUACUUUUUUUCACCGUUUUCAGGCUUUCUGGCUCAUACGCUGGCGGAAUCCUUGCUGCGGGGGUGUUUUCAUUUUCUCAUCUAACAUGGCAGUGGUCCACUGCAGCAGAGGUUUUCAGCUUAAACAAUCUGUUUGUGGGGCUGCUUAUGGCUCUUACUGUACAUUUUGAGGAGGCAGCAACUGCAAAAGAGAGAUCAAAGAUAGCUAAAAUUGGUGCCUUCUGCUGUGGCCUUAGCUUAUGUAAUCAGCACACAAUAGUACUCUAUGUUCUGUGUAUAAUACCAUGGAUUCUCUUUAGACUUUUAAAACGGAAGGAGCUCUCCCUGGGCUCUUUGCUGAAGUUGAGUCUGUACUUCUCUGUUGGUUUGCUGCCCUACCUCUACCUGCCCAUCUCAUCCUACCUCAAUCAAGCCCGUUGGACCUGGGGAGACCAGACAACACUGCUAGGAUUUUUGACGCAUUUUCUCAGGGAAGAAUAUGGAACAUUCAGUCUGGCAAAAUCUGAAAUAGGAUCCAGUAUGUCUGAGAUACUACAUUCUCAAGUAACAAAUAUGAGGACAGAACUCUCAUUCAACAUCCAAGUCCUUGCAGUUUGGGCAAAUAUAUGUUUAGCAAGAAAGGACAGACCAAAUCCAUCAUUAGUAUGGCUUUUUACUGGAAUGUUUUGCGUUUAUUCAUUGUUCUUUGCUUGGAGGGCAAAUUUAGAUAUCUCGAAACCACUUUUCAUGGGUGUGGUAGAACGAUUCUGGAUGCAGAGCAAUGCGGUAGUUGCCGUCCUUGCUGGCGUUGGUUUGUCUGCGCUUGUGUCUGAGAGUAACCGAGUGCUGAACAACGGCAUUGGGCUUCAAGGUCUGGAGUGGCUUUCAGCAAUGAUUUUGGUAACUUACCAAAUAUAUUCUAAUUACAGGAUUUGUGACCAGAGGACCAACUAUGUGAUUGAUAAAUUUGCAAAGAACCUUCUAGCCUCUAUGCCUCGUGAUGCAAUUAUUUUACUCAGAGGAGAUUUGCCAGGGAAUUCUCUCCGUUACAUGCAUUACUGUGAAGGAUUGAGGCCAGAUAUUUCAUUAGUGGAUCAGGAAAUGAUGACUUACGAGUGGUAUUUACCCAAGAUGGCAAAGCAUUUACCAGGUGUCAACUUUCCUGGGGAUCGGUGGAAUCCUGUGGAAGGAAUAUUACCUAGUGGGAUGGUCACAUUUAAUCUUUAUCAUUUUCUUGAAAUAAACAAACAAAAAGAAACAUUUGUUUGCAUAGGAAUUCACGAAGGUGACCCCACCUGGAAAAAGAACUAUUCACUUUGGCCCUGGGGCUCUUGUGACAAAUUGGUGCCUUCAGAGAUUGUAUUCAACCCUGACAAAUGGAUUAAACUUACAAGAAAUAUCUAUAACUGGACUGAAGAAUAUGGACGGUUCGAUCCAUCUUCUUGGGAAUCUGUGGCCAAUGAGGAGAUGUGGCAAGCAAGGAUGAAAACAGCGUUCUUCAUCUUUAACCUGGCAGAAACUGCUAAUGUGCCUUCAAAUGUGAAAACUCAACUCUACACUCAUGCGUAUAACCUUUAUAAGGAGAUUGUCUAUUUACAAAAGGAACACCCUGUGAAUUGGCACAAGAACUAUGCCAUCGCCUGUGAACGGAUGCUUGGUCUUCGGGAAAGGGACACAGACCCUGAAGUCCUCCUAUCUGAGACCAUCAGACAUUUCCAUCUCUACACUCAGAAAGCACGGAAUGACCCCCAGCUGGCUGAUAUUUUAGUUGCUCUAAAGCACCUAAGGAAAGAACUGCGAAGUCUGAGAAAUAUGAAAAAUGUUUGAGACAGCAAAAUGUGAAAAACCUGCUUGUCAUUCAGCUUCCAGAAUUCUGAAGUCCAAAAGUUUUUCCUCCGAGAGAAGAAACUGUAUAAAAAUUGAAAACUAAAUCAUUGCCCAGCUAUAAGUAAUGUGGGACACCAGUACUGUUUAAUGAAGUGUUUAGUGACUGAGAUGUGCUAUUUAUACAAAAUUCCCUUCAUCCCAUGUUACCAAAUUAGCAUUUUGGUGAGGAUCUUUUGAAAAAUCUUCCUACUUCUACAGUCUUUCCCCAAAUGACAGUGCUUGAUUGGAUUCUAGAAGAGAAUGAACUAUUUUCAUAUACUUAAAAUACCAACCAUGAACCUUUUAAGGGCCCUGCUUAGUGGGAUCGGUUUUGAAGGUGAAUUCUUAAAGUAUUAAUACCAGACCAAAGACAUUUUCUUUUUCCUGCAAGUGAAAUAGUUUUUAAAAAGAGUAGAUCUUGCUAUGCUUCCAGUUUGAAUACUUUUUUUUCCCUUGUCUUUUGAGUAACCAUGGUUGUUACGUAAUCUUACACUUCAAGCUAAACACCAGCUGGGUGAGAUUUUGAAAAAAGUCUGAGUUUCAUCGUCUUAGAUAGUUCUCUGACAUCACCAGAAAGGAAAGCUGAUUUGAUGUUUGCUGAUUUCACUUGCAUAAACUGACUGGCAAGUAAAAAGGAUUUUGUAUUUCCUUAAUUAAUUUUAUAGUGUUAUGUUUUACUUCUAUUUGGACUCAUACGUCUGGGCCCAAUAAUUAGUAGGCUUCUACUGCCAAAAAAAAAAAAAAAAAAAAAGGCGGGAACCAGGGGGUUGGGGAAGUGGUUCAAUAAAUCCAUUUCUGUUACAAGCAUCUUUUAUACAUAUUACUAAAGAGAACAUAGUAAGAAAUGCAAAUAAUAGUUCUUUAUUUUAUUAUGACAGUUAAUUAAUAGCAACCUGUUUUAAUGAAUAAAGUCACUCAGAGUCCUUCACCACUUCCUAAGUAGAGGCCAGAAUCUGUAGGGCUUCUUUUCCUCCCAAUUGUGUAGCUCCUAGACUCCAAGCACUAUAUAGGCCCCUGUAUAGAAAUGCUCACUAAUGAAGAGGGAGGGCUAGAAGCUUGUCUGCAUUCAAAGAUCACUGGUGAGUCAUUCAGCAAGAAAAGGCCCCUCACCAGGAAUAGUCACAGUUCCGUGGCAUUGUACUAGCAAAAGGGUCUGAUCAAAGGUCUCCUGUGGAGCUUGCAUGGUUCCCUUUCAUACUACGACCAUAAUUAAAACCACUAAUUCUCUUUUAAAAUGCUGCAGGAUGCCAUGUAGGCAUCUGUCUGGAGUGUCCUUUGUGAUGUCAUAAGCUGUUAAGGACUAGUGCCGAGGGCUUUUGAGUGAAAUGCCAGUCAUGAAGGUGCUUCAAGACAAGGGUGCCUCUAAAAGCUUGACAGGGCCUUGACUGCACAAUUCGAGCUGCAUUUGCCCCUUGUCAGCUGCCAGUAAAUAAAUCUCAAAGGGGGAAAAGCUGAAGUUUCAUUACCUGAUCCAUGGGGCUUUGUUGGUUUUGGCAUCACACAGGGGAAGCUCUUGCCCCUCCAUUCUCUGGAUUUGAAGAUGUCCAUUGGAGCCUGCAGGGCCUGGACAGGGUUCAGAGCGGAACCUUUUGAAGAGUGUCAAUAGUUGUAACAGUUCAGCUGUUAGGAAGACAAAUAAAUGGAGGAGCUCAUUAAUCCGCUUUUGGCUCUCAGUGCCUUUUGCCCUUUUAUCACAGCCUUAUUAGGCUCCUACUCAUCUUGAACCAGAAAAAAAUGAAUUGAAGUUGUUGAGUACUAAUUGGCAAAGACUUUUAAUCACGGGCCAAGAACUUUCACUGACUUGAAAGUAACUUCUCCACAGGGAAGAACCGAAAACCUGGUUUACCUUAAAACAAAAACCUGUUGGAGUUCAGCAUGGUGUAAAAAUUUAAAGAAGCGUUGAUAAAAUGUCUAAGUUUAUCCAUUUGAAAGAAAUUGUAUAAGAUUAUGAUUUUUCACUUUUCUAAAAAAAAAGGAAAAAUAUUCAAAAUAAACUUUACCCAGUCUUUAUUGGUUUAGAAAAGAGAUUGUGUGCGUGUAUGAGAUGAACAUGUUCGUUUCUGAAUAAAUAUUCGUAUGUGAAUAUUCAUGUGAGUAUCAACAUAUACAUGUGAUGUUUGAGGAACCUUAUUAAAAGUAAUAUUUCUUGUUUAUACUCCUAAGAAUGGUUAAUGAAGACCUCUUUUUGAGAAUGCCUGCUUUUUAAUUUUGUAUCUAUACUAUGGAGCAACAUACAUGUCUGAAUAUGCUUUAUGUAUUGAUUAUUGUCAAGUAAGGCAUAGAUUAUUCUGUAUUUGUGCAACAGCGACUUGGGACCACUCUCUUUGGGAAGGAAAUAAUAUGAUGGCCAAAAGUCGAGAGGAUCAUAAUUAUUUAAAUCUCUAAAACCAAUUGGUAAAUGGGAAGCUAGUAACCUGUGCCGAAACUUAGGGAUGUUUGGCAUCAUUUUCAGAUCAACUACUUCGAAGCAUUCCUUCCUUUUUAUCGUGUGAGAUUAAACAAGUCUCUCUUUUUCUUUCUCUUACUCUCCUCGGCUGGUUCACAAACACCAUAAAAUCUGACAGAAGGGGUUUCCUUUAGUCUAACCCCCUGACAUCGAAGAGAAUGUGAAAGAGGUGGCUUCUCAUGCAGGAUUUGGCCAGCAUUCUCCUAACAGUGUCCCAGGAGUGGGAUGGGUUGGCAGGGCAACAGGAACCCCACAAGGCUAACUUCUGCCUGGACUUUGGCCUGAGGAGCAAGUGGGAGCCAGCAAAACUGUCUGCCUUCCCACAUGCUCGGUGCCCUGCUGCCCUGGCACCGAGGGCGAGGGGAGAAGGGAUUUGUGGCUUCCAUGUUGUCUAGCCACUGAGUGCGCUGACUCCCAAUUCCUGUCCCCUCUGAUGGGAAGUAUGCUUGGUUCUUAGAAUUGGCUUUCCUUUUUGCUUUGUAGUUUAAAUGACCCAUUAAAAGAAAAAAGUUUAUGUUCUGUUACCUAAAAUGGAGCCAAAAUAGAAGACAAUCAGUUACUAGUGAACAAUUUUGAAAUCUUCCAAUAGAAUUGUGAAAUGUUACUUAUGUUCAUAAUGCUGAUGAUGGAACUAUGCUGUUUAGCCUUUAUGAUAUUUAAAUAAGGCCCAUUAUGAGUGUUUUAUUUUAGGAUACUGUCUUUAAGUCAUCAGGCUAGGGUGUGAAGAGUAGUUAAGUUUAUAUUUUGAAAGUUAAACAAUGUGAAUCUCUAAUCAUUCCCACCAAAAUCACUCAGAGUUUAAAAACGUUAAUUUUAAUAUUCAGAAAAAAAAAUUCUAACACCACAGGUUGAAAAAAGUGGAUCCUGUUGCAGCAAAUCCUUUCACUCUGUUUUACUUUGGAUAUAUUUUUACAAAUGCACCAAAAUAGGGUAAUACUCCAAAUAAUAUUAUUCUAACUGGCUCCAAGUCCUAUGGUUACAUAAAGAAAAAUAUUCCAACCCAAUAAGAGAUUCACAUUGCUUUGUUCAUCCUCAAUUUUUUUUUUUCGUGGAUGCACAACCAUUCUAAGGCUUAUACUCAUAAACAAAUAAAUAAUGUUUCCAGGGAUUCUGGGAAUAUCGAAAGGCCAAGAUCUUGGCACAGCAUUACAGCGCAAACAAGAAGCUAAAGCUUUUGCAGUGAUCAUAUUCAAUGAAGACGUCAUUGUCAGUACCCUCUAAAGGUCUGUUUGAUUUGGAUCAACAUGGAUGGUGUAAAAAAAGCCCAGGAAUAGUAGCAUGUGCUUACUUGGAUAUAGGAAAGUAAACUAACAGGAAUAUAUCUUGUGUAAGAGUUCUUUCUGGGAAAAAAAAAUCCUGAUUGCUUUUCAGUAAAGUAAUAUAUAUUUUGUGGAAAUUGUAUGUACUAGAAAUAUUAGAUUAUGUCAUGUUACCAAAAAAAGGGGGAGGGGAGGAUGGAUGGGUAGAGAUUCCAAAACUGUAAAUGUGAAUCCAACAAUUGCUGACCUGUAAACGGAGUUAUUUGGAUCUUUUCUGUAGAGCCAGGGUGUUAUUGAUGAGGGUUAAUUUUCAGCAAUACAGGUAUUUUUAUGUUUUUAGAAAAGUUGAACUGAUAAGGCUGAGAAAGAUUCAAGAUACAAGUCAAGACCACAAAGGCAAAUAACUGAACCACAUUCCUAUCCCAAUGGUCCAACUUCACACAGCACCCAAGGAGUCUCAAGUCUCUUUGUACAUGGUUGCCAUUAGAGGAGGAAAAUAUUGUUAAGGUCUAAUAAAGGGUAUAUAGGAAUAAGCCAAAUCUAGGAUUUAACACUUUCAUAAUUUUAAUUGUUUAGAAUUUGUAUAAAUCUGCUGUAGGUAGUAUUGGGGGAAAG